GGCAGUCAGCAGCUGGCUACACGAGCUCUUAGCUGGUAGCGUGGAGUUGAAACCAGAGACACGGCGAGGAGGUCGCUGUAGUAGUUUUUUUUCUUCCUAAAGUCACAGAAAACUCGCAGGGGGACAUACUCAGCGUGCGUAGUCUAUAUGGUGGCUGCCUACAGACUCUGAGGCAACUACUUGUGGAUAUGAAACACUCGUUCGGGGCGGAAGACAACAUUUAGCUCGCUGACUUCUGCAUGGUCGCUAGCUAGCUAACGGUUAGCUUCAGGAGCUACUUGGCUAGCUGGCUAUCGAGGUCCAGCCCAAAAGUUGUUUACCCCAAGUUGUGGAUGUGGUCUCCCCCAAAGCUUUUUGCGAAUUUUCCCUGGGAUAAGCGAGUAAGGACCAAAUAUUCACACUGGAUUUAAAAUUGUGCACUGUUAGGAAACUAGCAGGAUGUCCACAGAGGUUGAGUAUAGUCAGGUUGGUUCGGGUUUGACAGCGGCCAGCUUCGGCGGAGCGGAGGAGAAGAACCAAAACAAGUCCGAGGGGGCUCGAGAACAAGAAGAAAAGCCACAGAAAGGCUCGGGAAAGCAGCUAGCGGAAGACCACAGCUCCGAGGGAGCGAAGAGCCCGACGGACACGCACAAGAAAUGCAAAGAAAACGAUAAAGAAAAUGACCAAAGCAGCAAUGCUGACUCGGCUGUCGAGGCGGUGAAGAGGAAAGUUGUCGAAGCUCCUCCGCCGAAAGUCAACCCCUGGACUAAGAGGACCACGGGCAGGGUGCCAAGCAACAAUAUCAACUCCAGCUCCCAAGAGAAAGAUCAACAAAACGCUCUGAAAGUCGUCCGUGCCAGCAAGCCCAGAACGAGAAAAUCCAGCAAGUCGAGUGACUUCAGCGAUAUCACCAACUGGCCCACACCUGGUGAAUUGGCCAAAGAGCAGCAACAAAAUGUCCUCAACAACAACGGGAAGAAGCCUCCCGCCUCACGCAGAGAGAAGGAGAAGAAGAGGGAUGGCAUGGAGAGAGAGUCUGAGAGCAGCCAUGACGGCGGGGAGAGCAAAGAGAACCAGGAGGCUCAGCUGGACCUGCUUAGAGAGCUGCCCAAAGACGCAGAGUCCAAGGCGGGACCGGACACCAAGAGCGCCGGCCUGAAGAAGAGGGGAGGUGAGGGUAACAAGCGUAAGUGGGUAUCCCUGCCGCUGGAGGAAGGGUCCCGGGACGACGGCAACAAGGCGCCCAGUGGGGGUCCGGCACGCGCGGACACGGAGCCCACCAGCAACACAGCCGACCCUACGUCGCCCAAUCACACACUCCAUAAUAACAGGGCGCAUGAUAGCAGCAGGAGUUGGAGAAGAGAGCCGCGGGACUUUGGGGACGAUGCCGCCAGCGUCCGAAGUGACAACGGGACCGUUCACGGAGGAAUCCGAGGCCGAGGGAAAGGCCGAGGGCGCGGGAGAGGCCGCGGGCGAGGCCGCUAUGAAUACUCUCAGAGCUUCCGGGACUCUCAGUCGUCUGACGGCUCGGCUCAGGCGCCCUCCGAGUUUGGCAGCAACAUGGUUUACUACUACGACGACGGCAGCAAGGUCCAGAUGUACACAGUGGAUGAGAAGCUUCUUAAAGAAUACAUCAAACGCCAAAUUGAGUACUACUUCAGCCUCCACAACCUGGAGCGAGACUUCUUCCUGAGGAGAAAGAUGGACACGCAGGGCUUCCUCCCCAUCUCCCUCAUCGCCAGCUUCCACAGAGUGCAGGCCCUCACCAUGGACGUCAGCCUCAUCAUGGAGGCCCUAAAGAGCAGCAAAGAGGUGGAGCUGGUGGACGACAAAGUUCGCUGUAAAAUCGAGCCGGAGCGCUGGCCCAUCCCCGCCCCCACCGUCGUGGGUUCUCCUCGGACCGACUUCUCCCAGCUCAUCAACUGUCCCGAGUUUGUUCCUCGACAGACCCUGAACUCCAAAAACUCCGCUUCAUCGCCUGUGAAGAAGACUCAGGACUCCAGCGGGGGGGCCCUCCCGGCCGAAGAGGCCCCCAAGCCUGACCCCGAAGCCUGGAUCCAGGUGGAGAAACGCCACCGACAGCCCUCCGGAAAGGAGCGCAGCGAGGCUCCGCCAUGCAGCCACCCGGCCCGUCCGCACGCCCCGCCAGACCAGGAGGAGCUGGACUUCCUGUUCGACGAGGAAAUGGAGCAGAUGGCGCCCAGGAAGAACCGCUUCACCAACUGGUCGGACAAGGACGACUCGGACGACGAGCUGGACGACCAGGACGUCAACAAGAUCCUCAUCGUCACCCAGACCCCCCCGUAUAUCCGCAAGCACCCCGGCGGCGACCGGACGGGCAACCACGAGUCCCGCGCCAAGCUCACCACCGACCUGGCCAAAGCCAUCAACGACGGGCUCUUCUACUACGAACAGGACCUGUGGAAGGGAGACGAGUCCUUUGAGAGUACCAAGCAGGAAGUGGAGGGCUUCAAGAAGAUCACCGUCAUCAGUAAAGACGAGUUUGACACUCUCACCCCCAAAGUGCCUGUUGACCCCAACCAGGAAGUCCCGCCUCCUCUCAUGCCAGAAGGUGCAGUGUCCGUGGACAGCGGCGCCGAGUUGGCCCACUCUCUGCCUACAUCGGUCCCAGAGUCGCCCAUCGCUCACCAACCCCGAACGCCCAGGACGCCUCGUACCCCCGGGCGCCAGGACCCCAACAAGACGCCCCGCUUCUACCCCGUCAUGAAGGAGAGUGGCACCAUUGACGGACAGACGCCAAGGAAGAAGAAGACCCGCCACAGUUCGAACCCUCCUCAGGAAGCCCACAUCGGCUGGGUGAUGGACUCCCGUGAACACCGGCCGCGCUCCGCGUCCAUCAGCAGCUCCAACGCCUCUCCGUCAGAAGGCGCUCCGCUGGCAGGGAGUUACGGCUGCACCCCCCAGUCCCUCCCCAAAUUCUGGCAUCCAUCCCAUGAGCUGCUGAGGGACAACGGCUUCACUCAGCAGGGAUACCACAAGUACCUCCGGCGGAGCAUUAACGAGAGGAAACGGUUGGGGAUCGGCCAGUCUCAGGAGAUGAACACACUAUUCAGGUUCUGGUCCUUCUUCUUGAGGGACAACUUCAACAGGAAGAUGUACGAGGAGUUUAAACUACGUGCGCUGGAGGACGCCAAAGAGAACUACAGGUACGGACUGGAGUGUCUCUUCAGAUACUACAGCUACGGUUUGGAGAAGAGAUUCCGGUUAGAUCUGUUCAAAGACUUUCAAGAAGAGACCCUCAAGGACUUUGAGAGAGGUCAGCUGUAUGGACUGGAGAAGUUCUGGGCCUUCCUAAAAUACUCUAAGAUAAAGAACCAGCCCAUCGACCCAAAGCUGAAGGAACACCUCUCCCAGUUCAAGAACCUGGAGGACUUCAGGGUGGUGCCGCCCAUGGGAGACGAGGGAGGCAGGAGGAGGCGUCUCUCAUCCUCGGCAGGGGAUGAAGGGAGGCGUCGGCGACAUCCUUCCAACACUACCUCAAAGCCCACGCCGGCCUCCAAGCCAUCCACCUCCGCGUCCACCGCUGCUGCCGCACAGAACACACCCAAAGAGAACGCCCAGAAAACUGCCACCGCUCAGGGGAAGAAGCCCGGGUCUGGAGCCGGGAAGAAGGACAGCGUUGCACCAAACAAAUGAAGCUCGCUCCAGUAGGCGCGAGUCUGGAUAGAAGAGAUGUAGAGCGAGGCGGCGGCGGCGGCCGCUGCAGCUCUGAGAUCCGCGUCGGCUCUUUUCAGCAGAAACCGUUUGGGUAUGAAGAGAGAUUGAGCGUGGUUGACUUAAUUUGAUUGUUUUUAUCUGUGCAUUUCAUUUUAAAGCAAGCAAGCGUAGGCAGUGACAGCUCGUAACGUUUACAAAAAAACAAAAAAAAUGCAUUCCCUGCAUUUUGCCUUUUUUAUUCUCUCAGAUGCCAAAACUGUUCAACACUUCUGUCGAUCCCGAUCUGUAACGAGCUCCGGCCUAUCAGGAGCUCUCAGCCCGUUGAACUGGGAUUCUAGUCUGCCAAAAUAAGAGAUAAAGCAGAUAGUCUUGUGUGCCUUCAUCUAAUUCCCCAGGCAGGGGAGGGCAACCAGAGACAAACUAGUCCAAAUUUCAGUCUUCCCAAUUGAUUUUUGUUUUCUUCUUUUUUUUUUCUUAAAUGUUUUCCAAACUGACACCACUUGCAGGUUUUUUUUAUUUCUUACAAUGACAAUCAAAUUGACAGCUGCAGUCAUAAAUUUGUGAAGGACUGCCCCCGAGGCCCAUAAACAGAUGUUCCCUGAUGUUUUGACCAUCACAGCUAAACGGAUCAUGUUAGUUUUCCAAUCAGGAAAACUGCAGGAAUAAUGACACAUUUACAUGGGACGCUUUACUUUUAAGUUCCGUUUUACAGUCAGAGGUAGUCUAAUUUAUUGUUUUAUUUUUGUUUUUAUUUUUACUUUAUUUGAUGAAAUAGUCUUAGGUAAUCAUCGCAGUUUCUAAUGGCUUUUGCUGUUUAAUAUUAUAAAAUAAGAAAUGUUUCUGCUGGAAUUUCGGGUGUGAGCUAGCAUCAUAAAACUACAGUAUAUUUUAGCUUGAAGUUGACUUCAUAUUACGUUUGAGGCUUUGUGCUCUAAAGCACUUAAAUAAUUAACUUUCCUUUACUUCAUCGAUGGACUUUGGAGAGGUUGUUAGAGUUGAAUUUAAAAAAAAAAAAUGUAAAUACUAUAAAAAAUCAUUUGCUAUUCAAUUAUUCUUUUUGAUUUUAAGAAUUGAUUUGUUUUAUCGGUAGUGUGGUUUUGAGUGUGUUUUAGGAUAAAGCAAUGCAUGUUAAUGCCACAGUCUUGAAUUGUAAAAUGCAAAAAAUUAUAAAAUAACAGUUGAUUGUA